CCCAAGUCAGUCUGGCCGCGACCCCCGAGCGAAACACACGCGCCCUCGCCCCGGCCAUGCGUCGCUCCAAGUGAGAACCGAAAAAGUCGGAAUGCGCGCGACCUUCGUCCUCCUCGGCCUGCUCGCCCUCCAAGGGGGUUGCGGGGCGCUGAAGGAGGCGCGGCUGGUGACGCGGCCGGGCAGCGGCGUGGUGCGUCGCGGCGCCGCCGUCACGCUGGUGUGCGAGUACGACCUGGAGGGGGCGCCGCUCUACUCGGUCAAGUGGUACCGCGGCACCCGCGAGUUCUUCCGCCACACCCCCGUCGAGAGCCCCUCGACCAAGCUCUUUCCCUUCGCAGGCCUCAACAUUGACGAGAAGGAGUCUGACGGGAACAAAGUGCGGCUGGUGGACGUGGGCUUCAACGUGGCCGGAAACUACAGCUGCGAGGUUUCGGCCGACGCGCCCUCCUUCAGCACCGCCUUCGUCUCGCACUACAUCACGGUCGUCGCCCUGCCCGAGAAGAGACCGUUGCUGACCGUCGAGCGACCUGACUACGAAGUGGGCAACGUCCUCAGGGCUAACUGCAGCGCCGGCCCCUCCAGACCGGCCGCCAACCUCACUUUCUACAUCAACGACAUGCCCGUGGGGGCGGAGGAGGUGCGGUCGCGGGUGACGACGGAUGGGACGGAGGCGGCGCAGGCGGGCCUGGCGCUCAAGCUGCGGCCGUUCCACUUCAACGCGCAGAGCCGCGUCGUCGUCCGCUGCGACGCCACCAUCCUCGGCGUCUACGCAGAAACGGCCAAGGUCGUCGUCAGGUCGCGCAUUGACGCGCCGCCCUUCUCCAGGGAUGGACCUGUCAGCAGCGCCGCUGCCGUCGAACCCAAACCGGAAAGAGUGACGUCGCCAAACCGGACAGGGUCAGCGUUGGUGGUGAGCGGCCCGUUUUGGCGGGCGAGCCUGGUGCUGUGGGUGGCCGCGGUGCUGGUCGUGUGCAGCUAGUCAGCCCCAAGCCCCCUCUUUUUGGUUCGCCGAUUGCAGAAAAUAUCCGAGUGCGGCUAAUUGACUCUUCAGCGAGAGCGAUUCGUUUUUUUCCAAACUCUCGGCGCCGUCAAUCACUUUUUUCAACCCUUCCAAAAACACCGAAGCACGCAUGUUGAAAAAAUCAUUCGCCCGUUGUUUUCCCUCUGGCUUGUUAUUCCCCACUCAAGUGUGUAACUCGGGCUUUGCGCUCUGAUUGUGAAUUUUUGUUGUUGUUGUAAAAUUGCUUAUAAAACCAAAGAUUUUUUUACGAAUUCAGUGCCAAAAAGCAGAAACUUAUAGAAUUCCAUUCUUUGGAUUUUGUUCUUUUUCCUACAAUUAUUUAGUAUCAGUGUAUUUAUUAUUUUGAAUAUCCAACCCACCAGCAACCCACCUUCACCUAAAAUUGAGAGAAGAUUCAGUAAUAUAUCUGAAGGUUAAAUAGAUUUUCUGCUUUGUUUUGAAGCAAAAUUUCUCACUCAAAAGUGAAAGUGUGAGAACGCAAAUUUUGUGGACCUUUUUAUAAAAUGUGAUUUUAUUUGCAUUAUUUAAUAUUUUUAAAAUUUUGCAGCUUCAUUAGAGAUGAAUGUCAUUGUCAGGAUUGCGCAGUUUUGUUAUUUUUAAUAUAUAAAUUUUAAUUGAAGAUGAAUUGACUCUGUAUUUGUAUAAAAAGAAAAAGUUGUUUGUAAAAGAGAGCAAGUCUCAAAACCGUCUCAUUAGAUUCCUCCGUGUACAAUUAACUCACUCUGUCUAGUAAAAUUAAACAGCUCUAAAAAAAAUGAGAAUAAAUCUUACCGUGCUUGUUACCAUUAAAAUUGAUCGUUUUGUUAUUGGCAAUAAAUUGUGUUUAGAAAUUUACCAUUGUAGACUUUUCCAGCCGUCAUAAAAAUACAUGAUAAAUGUAAGAAAGUCUCUCCAACUGUUAAGUAUAAAUUUUUAAACUAUAUUGCCUAUAUUGAAAGCAAAAGAGGUGUGUUAUAUUUUUUCUUUAUAUAAAAAAGAUAUUUAGGGUAAGUAAUUUUUUCAACUUAAGUGGAUUUUAAAAACUAUGAGAGCAAAAAAAAUUAAUUAAGAUGUUCAGGCCUUUUUCACACAAAUUUGAGUCAAAACUAAUUUUAUUCAGUUUCUCAAAUGAUAAUUAAUUUAAAAUGAAAUGAAUUGGAACUGAAAAUUACCUGCAAUAGGA